AUCAAAAGUUUGUGGAAAACAAAUAGAUCUCCAAGAGAUGAUAAAUGUUCCCGUUAAUGUUGUUAAAUGAACUUUAAAUCAAGCAAAAGCCAUGAUACCUUUGAAAAAGAAUGAUACUAAGUGUUGCCAAUAAGCUGAAUAUUAAAUACCAAGAGGAUACACCUAAAGGCGACAUAAAUCUUCCUAAUUCCGUAUAAAAUGCGCCAAAAAAUGCAGCAUCAGCUGAGCAGGAAGUUCACCUUCACCCAAUGAGCAAGGGGACACAUGAAAAAUCGAUUCUUGAAUCUGCAACAGCAGCAGCAGCAGCCGCGCCCACUUAUCCGACAACUGCACCCCCUCGUAAAUCCCUUCGCAAGCCACAUAGAAGAAAUCCAAUAAGCCAAAAGCAUCAAAGUGUUUGGAAACCAGCACCAGCCCCAGCACCCCCGCAGGGAUACCAUCGAAGCGGGACGCCGCAGAAUGGUGGAUGCCAAACCGCCGCCCGCACCCACAACGGGAGCGGUGCCGGGUACGCCUCCGGCCGCCUUUGCCGGCGAACGAUCCAAAAUCAAAUUGUUCAUGGAACGAACGCCCAGCAUUGGGGCACUCAAAUCCAAGUUCCUCACAGUGCUGGGCAACAGCAAUGAGCUGCUCAAUGGAAUAUCAAAUAAGCUGACUUUGAGCUGCAGCAGCAGCGAUUCGGAUUACUGUGACGAUGAUGAGGAUAUACCCAAAUUUGACGAGACGAUUGACUAUACAAAAAUCGAUUUUGAGGGACGUCGGGUGAAGGCACGCCGUGCCCAUGAGGAGAUCAUCUCGGGUCGCUACAGGCAGCCCAAUCUGGCGCCACUCCAACAUCUAGGUCCCCGCCUGGAGCCCUCGCGGGGUCGUCAUGGCGCCCAGAAGCGAGGCGGCAAUCCGCAGCGUUCCAACUCGGCAUCGUCCAGCAGCUCAGGGGGCAGCAGCAGCGACGAGAGCAGCUCCGUCUCGCUGCCCGAAAAUGCGGCAGCGGCGUCGUCGGCGGUGGCUCCACGUUCCCACGAUGUGAGCAGCACCACGCGCUCCGAUUCCAUUGAGAGUCGCAACUCUGGAGGCUAUGAAAGGCCCAGGGCCAUUGCCGGAGCCCGGCGCAGUGAGCUGGAUGUGCAGAAGGACAUGCAGCGCAUUAUAGAACUGCUGGAGGCCAAUCCUCCCCACAUCGAUGUGCAGCCGCCCACAGAAGGAGGGGGAGAAUGCGGUGGAGGUGGCGGAGGUGGCGGCGGCUCGGUGAACCGUCAGCCCUGGGGAGCAGGCAGCAACUCGAUGCGUGUGCCAGCACGCAGUCGCACAUCCAACAGCAGCACUCUGACCAGCCUGAGGGAUGAGGUGGACCAGGUGCUGGCCAGCCCCAGCAUGGAGUCCACCGACUGGCGGCACUUCAUACGCUCCGAGUCGCAGAACUCGGUGCCCUCGUGGGCCUCCUCCAUCAGCCUGGACUGUCGUGCCGGCGAGGAGCCCGUCAAGGAGUUCAUGAGGCUCUUCACCGAGUUGCUCUUCUACAAUUCCACGUGCGUCAACCUGGAGCUAAAGUCGGAGUUCGGGGUGCUGCUCCGCCUGGAGAUUGGUCGCCUCUGGUUCACGCGAUUCCUCACCGAGCAGCGCAACAAGACGAAGCGCCUCGAGUCGGUCACCUUCCACGGCCUGCCCCAGUACUUUGCUCUGGCCCUCUUCGAGUGUGGCGAAUGCGAGGACUAUGGCCCGGCAUCGGUGCUCAUGAAUCUCUGUUUUCUCUUCUACCACGAAGUUGAAGUUCCUGGCUGCGAUCCAUAUCGGGAGUACCUGUUCCUCUCUCUACGCCAGCAGCCCAUCUGGCACCAGCUGCCCUUCUGGGACACCGUCUUCUGGGACGCCAUGCAGGCGGAGCGGGAGCAGCGCUUCGCCAACCUGUUGCGGCGCCAGCAGCGACGUCAGCAGAAGAAGCAGCAACGCCUGUCCAUUCCAGCAGCAGAGACAGCGGGAGCGGGAGCGGGGACCACUGCUGCUGCGGAAACAACAGACAAGUCUGUGCGUAAACAUGGACCCGAUUCCUCAUCCAGCUCCUCCCAUCAGGCCGCACACUCGGCGCCUCCGCCGGCGAAUCGAAAGCAAAGCAAAUUGAGUCCCGGACAGCCGCUGUCGGGCAAAGAGCAGGAGGACACUGUAUUCCGGCAUCUGGGUGCCCUGACCUGUAACAUGCAUUCGCUGGGCACAUCCAAGGACGUGUGCAUCGACUUUCUCAAGAGACAUGCCCUGGGCCACGAGCUAUCAAAGGAUAAAGCAAAGCUCAUCCGAGACAAUGUCCAUCGCAUGUACCACGAAACAGAACUUUGGGGCGCACGAUAAGCCAAGCUCUUACUUUUCCUCAAGUACCUAAUGAAAGUGUUUCAAACUUCGUCUCUCCUCCAAAGCUAAACCUUUUUCCGUCUCAAGACAAAUCCAAAACUAAUCAAAUCCUAACUUAAAGUAGCAAAAA